GUCCGACGUCUCCUCGUGUGCGUAAAUACCUCCACAAUCUGCUCAGCUCGCGAGCAAUCAACAGCUCCUAACCAGAACGUUUUACAAUAGUGACGCGAUCGCUCACCCGGACGUGUCCUCCUAGAAACUCUCACGGACUCUUCCAGCAUGGCCGAAAAGUACAUUCUCAAGGUCACGGCCGGCCCCACCUACGACGAAUCCACGCAACACGACGUCGCUGUGAAUGCACCUGAGCCCGUGAAGAUUGACACCGAGAAUCUGACUGCACAAUUAAACGUGCGGAUACAAAACUACCGUGGUCUACCCAAAGGCUCGCCAUCCACUUCACCCUACUUCUCGCACGAGACUCACAAGUCCGACUUAUACUCGAUAUCCUUCACCUUCACACCCAAGAAGACAUACACGGGCGACGAGAUUGUGUUCGGCAAUGACUUUGACCAUCCGAUCAGAGACAGGCUACCAUGGGGCUUUGGGACGGCGUUCAACUUUGUGAAGAAGUGGGUUGACCCUGGGCUGUAUGGUGAUCCGUAUGCGGAUGAGCCGCAUUUGUAUGGGCCUCUUUUGAGCAGUAUUAAUGUGCUGAGGAUAGGAGAGAAGGGUUCAAAAGAUGUGGAUAAGAUGGCAGAGAAGAGUGGCGAUAAGGUGGACGGUGACGUAGUCGUCUUCGAGGAGGGAGCGGAAGGCGAUGGCGCGACCGUAAGAGAGGAGCAGGGUAUCCCAGAGCAGAGUGCUGCACGGAUGAAGCACUUUUUGGGAGAAGACACAAGAAAAGAUUUCAAAUUCGAAGAGGGCCGGAGUUAUGCCUGCGAUUUCUUCAACCCCUACCUAGACUUCAACGAUUUCUCGCUGAAGCUCCCGGUAAUCACACUCUCAAUAGUUAAACAUUGGGAUGGCCAGCCGCUGAGAACGCACACACUCAGAUAUGUCCUCAAGGAUCGGACAGCAGACAAGCCCCUCUUCGUCAUCAUUCUUUCUCUCCUUCCGAUAGAUGAGCUUGGCGAGUCCGAGAAGGCAGACGUCAACACCACUGACACGGCUGCGGACUCGAAUUUCAACACGAAUGACGAUGACCUCGACUAA